GGUCGGUGGAGUGAACAGCAAGAGUCAGAGACGUGAUGAUAUUAUAGUAGAUACUCAAGAAGAAGUCGGUGAAAUGAACAGCGAGAGUCAAAUCCGUGAUGGUUUUAUGGUGGAUAACAAAGAAGAGGUCGGCGGAGUGAACAGCAAGAGUCAACGCCGUGAUGAUAUUAUGGUGGAUACUGAAGUAAAAGUCGAUGAAAUGAACAGCGAGAGUCAAAGCCGAGUUGAUAUUUCACCUGUUAAAGUGGAUACUCAUGUUGAUAGAUCUGGCACAACACUAGCAGAAAAUCUAAAGUGGCCCACUACGUUACUGAUAUUUCUUGCUGCUAUUGGUUCGGGUAUGGUGUACUUUAUAUAUGGCCCCACGUUGUUGGACCUAAGACACCACCUCCAAAUCGACAUUACAGAAAUGUCUACCGCUUUCACCAUGAUAGCGUUCGGAUCCCUGAUAGGCGCAAUAGUGAGUGGAUAUCUUAACGACCGCUUCAAUCAAGCGCUGUCACUUGGGAUAGCGAUGUUGACCAACAUGGGCCUUGUUAUCGCAGUACCUUACUUCAAACAUAUCGCUCCUUUUCUCGUGUGCUGGGGACUGAUAGGUGUUGGGGCGUCGGUCGUAUAUACAGUACUGGUCGUGUUUGUGAUAGCCAUAUGGGGGAAAAGAAGCAGCCCAUUCGUGCAGUUUCUACAUUUUUCACAGGGUGUUGGAGGUUGCAUCGUCCCUCUUUUGGCAAAUCCUUUCCUGGCGCCAACAAAAUAUGUAGACAUUGAAAAUAAUGGAACAUAUUCUAACAUGUCUAAUGCAAGUUCUGGACCAGACAAUGCAUCAAUGGUUGCGGAGACUACUGAACCUAACUUUCUCAUAAAUGAAAACAAUGAUAUAACGGAGUCCAGUGUCAAGUAUGCUUACCUUAUUGUAGCUGUGUACUAUGGGGUAGUGGGUCUGCUUUUCUUUCUUAUUGCUAUCAAAAUGAAAACAAUUCGUGCUUUGAGACAAGAUGCCAAAACACUGAACAAUGAGCAACCGACAGAGUCAACUAAGGCACCACUUAAUAAACGCUAUAGGGUCAAAAUGCUGUUCUUAGUGACUUUGAUCUUUUACGCACAUGCCGGAGUUCAAAUAACCCUUAAUGUACUUAUAACGACUUUCUGCGUUGAAGAACUCCAAUGGACAAAAUAUCUUGGAACAGCUAUAGCGUCGGUUUCUGGAGGUGCAAUUACCCUUUCAUGUCUUCUCGGAACUUUUGCAACUAAGAUAUUGUCGCAAUCCCAAAUGAUAUCAAUACAGCUAUUGAUCAUGCUCUUGUCAAUGGUCACUAUGGUAGUGUUUGUUCAGACGCACACUUAUGUUUUAUGGGUGACAGUCAUUUUUACUGGAUUAUCAAGUGGCAGUAUGAUGGCUUCAAUAUAUUCCUGGCUCCAAGAGAAUGUGAUGCCAGUAACGGGUAUAGUAGUAAGCUGCAGUAUGGUUGGUAAAUCAGUGGGUGUGAUGACAGUGCCCCUGUUGGCAGCUGCUCUAAUGGAGAACGUACAUUUCAUGUGGUUUACGUAUCUGCUACUUGGUAUUGUUGUUUUGUUGGGGGUGAUAGCCAUAUGCAUAUAUGCAUCUUUUAAAGUUCAUAUGAAUAACCAAAACGCACAAUGUGCUGUCGUGACAUAAAUCUUUUAUUUCCUUUUAAAAGAUAACGCAGAUCGUUUAAGCAAAUUGAACGCUCGUUUUUGAUGUUGCCUCUGCCUGUUCAUAUAUCAAUAGUUUAAGCUUGUAUUCGCGAAUGUGUGACGAAGUCAUAGCUGACCUCGUUGGUCAGUCUACUUGUUUCACUUCACAUCAGUUGAUGUC